UCAGCACUGUGAUGAUGGUGGCCUCGUCGGUGUAGCAGCCGGAAGAGGAUGUUUGCUUCAAAUGAAAGAAUAAUAUCACUCGAACAUAAGGCUUUUUAACACCACCAACCUUUGUAGUUUAUCAGCUGGCAUUGGAGGAACUAAGACCGCUAAUUCCCUUCCUGGAAGCUGCCUGGAAACGGGCACUGAAUAAAGAUGUCACUGUUCCAGUCGGCACUUGAUUUCCUAGCCGGGCCCGGCUCGUCCGGAGCGGCCAGUCGGGACCAGAAUGAUUUUGUAGGACAGGUCGUUGAGCUCGGUGACAUGAAACUGAGGAUCAAGAGAGUGAUCGCCGAAGGUGGAUUUGCCUUUGUGUAUGAAGCCCAGGACAUGAGCAGUGGUAAAGAUUAUGCCCUCAAGAGGCUGCUGUCCAAUGAGGAGGAGAAGAACAAGGAAAUCAUACAGGAAGUCUGCUUCAUGAAAAAGCUGUCAGGUCAUCCAAAUAUAGUCCAGUUCUCCUCUGCUGCCUCCAUCAGUAAGGAAGAGUCAGACACCGGUCAAGCCGAGUUCCUCAUCCUCACCGAGCUGUGUAAAGGUCAGCUGGUGGACUUUAUAAAGAGGGUAGAGCAGAAAGCUCCUCUGUCAUGUGACACUGUGCUGAAAAUCUUCUACCAGGCGUGCCGUGCUGUGCAGCACAUGCACAAACAGAAACCUCCGAUUAUCCACAGAGACCUCAAGAUUGAGAACCUCUUGAUUAGUAAUCAGGGCACCAUCAAGCUGUGUGACUUUGGCAGCUCCACCACAGUGUCGCAUCGUCCCGACUACAGCUGGUCUGCACAGAAGAGGUCCAUGGUGGAGGAUGAGAUCACAAGGAACACCACUCCGGCAUACCGGACACCGGAAAUGAUUGAUCUCUACUCCAACUUUCCCAUCAAUGAGAAACAAGACAUCUGGGCUUUGGGAUGCAUCCUCUACCUGUUGUGUUUUAAGCAGCAUCCGUUUGAAGAGGGGGCAAAGCUGCAAAUAGUCAAUGGAAAAUACUCCAUUCCCCAGAACGAUGUCAAGUACACUGUGUAUCAUGAGCUCAUACGUUCCAUGUUGAAAGUAAACCCAGAGGAGCGCCUUUCUAUUACAGAACUAGUCAACCAGCUGCAGGAGAUAGCAGCAGCACGCAACGUCAACCCCAAGUCUCCAGUCACAGAGCUGCUGGAGCAGAACGGAGGUUUUGGCAACAAUGGAGCACAGCCGCCCAUGCAGAUCCACAACGUCCACAACAAUGCAGGUGUGUAUGAUCCUGAUCAAGCAGGAAGUGGACUCCUGGACAUCUUGAGGGGGGGGACAGAGCGCUUCCUCACCAACAUAAAGGAUACGUCCUCUAAAGUCAUCCAGUCAGUAGCCAGCAACCCAAGCUAUGCCAAAGGAGACCUGGAUAUAUCCUACAUCACCUCCAGAAUAGCAGUUAUGUCUUUCCCAGCUGAAGGGGUGGAGUCUGCGAUAAAGAACAACAUUGAGGAUGUUCGUCUGUUCCUGGAUUCACGUCACGCCGGCCACUACGCUGUGUUCAACCUUUCCAAACGAUCGUACAGGCCUGCUCGAUUCCACAACAGGGUUUCGGAGUGUAACUGGCAGGUCCGCCGUGCCCCCAACCUCCGCAGUCUCUACAAUGUAUGUAAGAACAUGCAUCAAUGGCUGAAACAGGAUCAGAGGAACAUCUGUAUAGUGCACUGUUUGGAUGGCAGAGCAGCGUCAGCAGUGGCCGUUUGCUCCUUCCUGUGUUUCUGUCGCCUUUUCACCACAGCCGAGGCAGCUGUCUACAUGUUCUCAAUGAAACGCUGCCCGCCUGGCAUCGCUCCUUCACACAAGAGGUACAUUGAGUAUAUGUGUGACAUGAUGGCAGAGGAGCCCAUCAUCCCUCACAGCAAGCCUGUGAUUAUUCACUCCAUCAUCAUGACACCUGUGCCGCUGUUCAACAAGCAGCGUAACGGCUGCAGGCCGUUCUGCGAAGUUUAUGUCGGAGAUGAGAGAGUCCUCACUACAUCGCAGGAGUACGACAAGAUGAAGGAUUUUAAGAUGGAAGAUGGGAGAGCAGAGAUUCCCCUCAAUGUAACAGUUCAAGGAGAUGUGCUGGUGGUGAUCUAUCAUGCAAGAUCUACACUAGGGGGACGUCUACAGGCAAAGAUGGCAUCCAUGAAAAUGUUUCAGAUCCAGUUUCACACAGGCUUUGUGCCCAGAAAUGCAACUACUGUCAAGUUUGCCAAGUAUGAUUUGGACGCCUGUGACAUCCAGGAAAAAUACCCAGACUUAUUCCAGGUUAACUUGGACAUUGAGGUGGAACCCAGGGACCGACCCAGCACCAAGACUCCCCCAUGGGAGAGCUUCCAAACCAAAGGUCUCAAUCCCAAAAUCCUUUUCUCAUCUCGUGAUGAACAGCAGGAGAUCCUCAGCAAGUUUGGUAAGCCUGAGCUGCCUCGGCAGCCAGGUUCCUCUGCUUUUUAUGACUCAGAGUCACCGCAGCCAGCUCAGACCCCAGAAGAUCCCCCUGCAGCAGAACCAGAAUCUCCUGCGAGCAACGAUGCCAACUCCAGCAACUUCUUCCAGACACUAGACUGGGAAGAUGUGCAUGGCCCUCAAGAUGCUGCAGACAGCCAAGGAGGAGGAAGCAUGAAUGACCAGGAGGACCUGAGUGAUCAGUCAGAGGGAGAGUCAUGCUCAUAUUCUGCCACUAGUGGAGAAGCAGUUUCACGUGACCACAGCGAGAAUCUGUUUGAUGCUGACUUCCAGACUCCACCUCCCGCGGUCCAGGAGUCUCCUCUCGGAGGUACAGCCGACCUCUUGGGUUUGAAUACUGACUCUGAACCUCCUCCCGUGUCCUCAGCCACAUCCUCUGCUCCUCAUCAAGGAGACCAGGGAGGAAUGAAAGCUGCUUCUAGCAACAGUGAUCUCCUGAAUGACUUGUUUGCACCACCUGCUGGUCAGACAGGAGCAGUGCAGGAGGAUUUGUUUUUCAGUGGCACAACCAGUGGAGCCACACCAGACUCAAAACCCAUGGGUGACCUGUUUGAUCCAUUCGGGAUGGGGUCUGGGUCCGGUGUCGGCUCCAGUGUCGGUUCGUCUCGACAAGCCUCCGGACCAGACCUGUUUGGGGACUUGUUGGGCUCCGAUAGUUCAGCAACCAGUGGAUUUGGCUCAGCUCACUCCAACACCACUCCUGCUUCCAACACCAGCCUCUUUAAUCUCAAUAAGCUUGUGAAAGAGACCCCUAAGAUGACAUCAUCAGCCAGCCAACCAGACCUGCUUGGUGGGUGGGACAGCUGGGCAGCUGGCACCACUACUGGUAUGAGCACCACUGCUAGCAAACCCAACUAUUCCAACACAGCUUCUGGUGUGUCAUCCAUGUCAAAAGCCAAGUCUCAGACCUUCGAUCCGUUUGCAGACCUUGGAAACCUGAGCUCCAAUUUACCAGGUUCUUCCAGCAGUAAUUUCUCUGGGUCUUCCUUUAGCACAAAAGGUCCUUCUUCCUCUGCUUCCUCCUCUUCUGCUAAGCAUCCAGCUCAGCCCUGGCAGUCUGGAAGACCCACCUCAGCCCAGAAUAAGCCUUGGAUGUCUGGUUCAACACCCAAAACAUCUUCAGCUGCUCAGCCUGCAGGCACACAGCCCUCUAAACCCAACUACAACCUUAAUUUCACUAGUGUUAUCGGUGGCAGAGAGGAGAGAGGAGUUCGUGGGCCUGGAUAUGGCCCCAAACCAAAAGUAAAAGAAGAUGAUUUUGAGGACCUGCUGUCCACUCAGGGUUUUUCCUCCAAACUUGAUAGGAAGGGACCAAGGACCAUCGCUGAAAUGAGAAGACAGGAGAUCACAAAAGAGAUGGAUCCUCUUAAAGUACAGAUUUUGGACUGGAUCGAGGGGAAGGAGCGAAACAUCCGAGCGCUGAUUUCAACUCUACACACAGUGUUGUGGGAGGGUGAAACCCGCUGGAAGCCUGUGGGUAUGGCUGAUCUAGUGACGCCUGACCAGGUGAAGAAAUACUACAGAAAGGCAGUACUGGUUGUCCAUCCAGAUAAGGCUACAGGUCAGCCUUAUGAACAGUACGCAAAGAUGAUCUUCAUGGAACUGAACGAUGCCUGGACAGAGUUUGAGAACCAAGGAUCCAAAGCACUCUUCUAAAAACAUUUUUAAAAAAAAGAGAAAUCCUGGCCUGGACCCUUGCUACACCAGAUCAGACUGGAAUGGUUUUGGCCAAACAAAACCAGGGUCACACUGGGCUAGAUUGGACAGGACUGAGCCCACAUUGGGCCUUAGGGGGCACAGAGCCUCUGAGAGGUGUCCUCUCUACCAUUCCCUUCCUCCUCCUUUACUUUCUUCUCUUUCUACAGUCAAAAAAAAAAGACGAAAAGAGAAAAAAGCCUUUUUGCUUCACUUUUGGCUGUAGUAAAAAAAAAUAUAUAUCCUCACUGGUUCAAAAAUGACCAGUUUAAUAAACAUCAACAUCAUUCUUAAACUCACUGCCUACCUGUUCGACUGUCUGAGUGGUGCUGCCAACGCUGGGAGGGAGGAAAAGGUGACAAUCACACUGAGAGAAAUAAAGGGAAAUCAAACAAGUUUCUUUAAAAAAUAGUAGGAUUAUUAUUAUGACAACAGAUUUUAGAUAAGAAAAGAUGACCCCACACUGAUGAAAUGCUGAUCAGAUUUGGCUAUAGGUUGCAAACAGCUAGUGAAUCUUAGAAAAAAUAAAUAAAUGUGGCUGUUAAUUACUCAGCAUGCAAGCCAACAUGAAAGUUCAUUCUAGGACGGAAGUGUUAAAGCCAUGGAUGUCCUGCAGGUUUUAGAUUUUUCCCUUUCUUAACACACCAAACUGAAAUGAACAGCUCAUUAACAAGCGUAUGUAGAACUCGACAAUAUGCUGUUGAGAAGAUGCAGUUGAUUUGAAUCAGGUGUUUUAGAGCAGGGAAACAUCUCAAACCUGCGGGCCUGUGUACGUCCUUGGUUUAGUCAUGAACUUUAAAAAGUAAAAAAAAAAAAGAAAAAACAACUGCUGUAUAAAAUUAAAGCAGACCACCCACAACAAAUCAUGAAUGAAGAAUGAAAAAAAAGUCUCCUGCUGCACCUUUUCGGGCCACCACUUGAUUGACGAUUACCUGCUGAACAUUACUAGUGCUGCUUCUACCACCUGACACACUCUACUGGACACACUCAGACUGAUGUUACAAUGUGCGUCCCUAAACAUGUUUUUUUUUUUUUGUUUUUUGAGCCCUGUAUUAAUCCAAGCUGGCAGUCUGUUGCUUUUGAAGUGGCCUUUUAAUUCCACCAACUUGUGCAUGCUCUUCCUCACCAAACCUCUAAACAACGUUGGGUCGGAUGAGUUUGAUUUCGAACCAGAGCAGUCGGAACAGGCGGCAACUCUUUUCUUGAAGUGCUCUUCUUCUUGUAGCAGCAACAGCAAAGAAGCUAUCUGCUUGAUUAUUUUUUUAAUAUUUUUAUUUUUACUGGGCAAACUACUUGCCUGCCCAACUUUCAUGCUGUUGCUUGUUGCUUUUGAGGAUCUCCGUCAUCAUUAUGAACCCAGCGCUCCGUGGCCCACCUCCAACGUACAGUUCAGUAAAAAAAAAAAAAGAGAUUUAAGGAUUGAAAAGAGAAUAUGUAGAUUAAAUGAAGUUGCUAUUGGUUUUUGUUAAGUUUUUCUCUUUAUUGGGUCAUUUAAUUGUCACGUUGAUGUAAAUAUCAUCCAUUAAGUGGCUUUGUAAAGAUUCCUGAGGAUUCAUUCAGUCAUUACACUACAGACUGAACUGUGUGAGUGUGAUUGUGUGCGCGAGUGUGUUUCUUUGUUGGACAUCAUGCUCUCUUACAUGCAGUCACAAUCGCUUUUUCUUCACUUUUUUCCAGCCAGUUAUGAAUCUUUGUUGAAUCUUUAUUGAAAAUCUUUCCAACCUUUUUUUUUUCACAUUUUACCUCACGGACCAAUCAAAUCAGUCGUUUACUUAUUUAUUUUUAUGUUUCAUGGGUAGGUUUUUUGGGGGGGGGGAGGAGUUGAUGAUUUAUUCAUUUCUAUUAAUGGCACAAGUUGAAAAUUAACAUAAUAUAUAAGUGGAACCUGCAGAGGGUUGAUGGUUGUUCACGUUGAGCCUCUGCUGCUGUUUUUCAUUCCAAAGCAUCAAAUAUUAAUACGAAUGUGCUUUUAUAAAUGUAUAUCAUGUUUGUUGUUACUCUGUAUGUAUUAAUCUGUAUCAUUUGGGUAUUCAGUCUGUCGUUUUGUGUCAAAAUGUACUUUUUUGUUCUUUUUUCCUUUAAAGGCAGAAGUGAAAUUUCUGCUUGUUUUGCUUUGUGACAUUUUUGUUAAAAUUCCAAUGCACGGGGCCAGCAAAUCUAAGUAAGAUAAAACAGACUGAUGCUUAAAAUUCAGUUGAAACUUUUUUUUUCUGGCAGGAUAAUAGUAUAAAGAGGGAGGAUGGCAAAAAAAAAAAAACCCACUCAUCGGCAGUGUUAACUGUACCAAAUUACAUCAUACUAAUAUGAAUGUAAAUCUCAAUGAAAAAUUAAAUGAUUAAAAAUCCUUUUAAAUUUGA